AUGGCCAGCAAGAAAGGCCAGCAGCAGGAGAUGGUCCAGGUUGGUUCGUACCUCACAUCAUUUCCCCCAGAUCCAAUUGGCCUGAAUACCUCAUCUAAUCUUCGUGCUUGUUCUCAGCAGACCGCUCUGAGUAUACGGGGUGGAUCCCCUUUUUGGAAGACAAGAACCGCCCCCCAGCGACAGAGCGCUUCGAAGGUGUAUGAUUCCAAUACGGUUGUCGGUGCGUCAUAUUCGCACGCUGAUAUCCUAAAGUAUAUCGCCCAAUCCUUUGUUCGCUUCAGAUUGAUAACAUCAACCCUUGCUAACAAUAUUUUUGUAUUUGAAAUUUAUAGGAGCAUGUCGCAUGCACGACCUCGAACGCCACCUCGUUCCACUCAGUCCGCGGGAAGUGCACGCCAUGUUUCGUCGCCGCCUGCACGGCUCGGGGGAAAGACCACCUCUCCUCCACAUCAGUCGUACGAGAGUAUUUUAUCGCACGGAGUUGGGGGCUGGAGCAAUGACAAUGCAGUCGAGGAUGAGGACGAAGACGACGAGAUCGUCUAUGACGAUGAUGAAGACGAAUUUGGACUCCCCAGCAUAACGAGCAUGCGCAGGAAGGGGAAAGACUCUGGCAGUCUUCAGAGAGAAGAUAGCGAUUCAGGAGGCUGUAUUGACAGGAACAUGCCAAGUCUUGCACCUGACUUGGGAAGCGGAAGGCAGCGAGCGAAUAGUUCAGAUAUUGCUGAGGAACGAGGUGUGCCUCUGUAUCCUUCCGCCAAAAAGAGCGAAGGAAAGAUCCUUCGACCUCAGUAUAAGGAGAUUUUGAGAGAUCCUGUCAACUCUUUGAACUUGAUCAAUCACUCCCCACCGCCACCCAAUGCUACUCCCACACAACUGGAAGCGCAUUCGUCUCGGAUCUCCAGAAUCAACAAAUUCAAACGCAUUCUACAAGCUAGUACUGUUUCCUUAUCUGAGCUUCGCGAUUUAGCAUGGUCAGGGAUUCCCGACGAAGUUCGAGCGAUGACCUGGCAAUUGCUUCUUGGCUACUUGCCGACAAACAGUGAGCGGCGUGUCUCAACGUUGGAGCGAAAGCGCAAGGAAUAUCUUGAUGGGGUUCGGCAGGCCUUUGAACGUGGUACGGGGGGCGCUGCCGGACCUGGUCCGGGAAGUACGAGUUCGGGACGAGGCAGGGGCCUGGACGAGGCGAUAUGGCACCAGAUCAGUAUUGAUGUCCCUCGAACAAACCCGCACCUGGAGCUAUACGGCUACGAGGCUACGCAACGAUCCCUGGAGAGAAUCCUCUACGUUUGGGCAAUACGACACCCAGCCAGCGGAUAUGUGCAGGGCAUCAACGACCUUGUUACGCCAUUCUGGCAAGUAUUUUUGGGAGCUUACGUUACAGACGCCAACGUCGAGGAAGGGAUGGACCCCGGGCAGCUACCAAAAUCCGUGCUUGAUGCAGUGGAAGCCGAUUCAUUCUGGUGUCUCACUAAGCUGCUUGAUGGCAUUCAGGACAACUAUAUUUAUGCCCAACCAGGUAUACACAGACAAGUGAAAGCUUUGCGUGACUUGACCACGCGCAUUGAUUCCAGUCUUGCCAAACAUCUGGAAAAGGAAGGCGUCGAAUUCAUGCAGUUCAGCUUUCGAUGGAUGAACUGCCUGCUUAUGAGGGAAAUGAGCAUCAAAAACACAAUCCGAAUGUGGGACACAUACAUGGCCGAGGAGCAGGGUUUCUCCAGGUUCCAUUUAUAUGUCUGCGCGGCCUUUCUUGUGAAAUGGACUGAUCGGCUGUUGAAGAUGGAUUUCCAGGCGCUUCCGACGAAAGACUGGACUGAGAAGGACAUCGAGCUUUUGCUCAGUGAAGCAUUCAUCUGGCAGAGUCUCUUCCAGGACUCAAGCGCUCAUUUGCGACUUGCAGGUGAACAAGCUUCAAGCUCUGAAGCCCAGUGA